AACAGCUGCCACCAGUGUCUCAGCUGUCUCCUGCCUCUCCAAGAUAAGCUCCAAGCUUAAUAAGCCUUUACAUUGCUUCGCCUGAGAUCAAGGAACACAAGAUGAUUUUGGAAAUGCUAAACCCGAUGCAUUAUAACCUCACCAGCAUGGUGCCCGAAGUCAUGCCUGUCGCCACCUUGCCCAUUCUGCUGCUCACUGGCUUUCUUUUCUUUGUUUGGAAUCACGAAGAAACAUCCUCAAUACCAGGCCCUGGCUAUUGCAUGGGAAUCGGGCCCCUCAUUUCCCACCUCCGGUUCCUGUGGAUGGGGCUUGGCAGUGCCUGCAACUACUACAACAAGAUGUAUGGAGAAUUCGUGAGAGUCUGGAUCAGUGGAGAGGAAACGCUCGUUAUUAGCAAGUCCUCAAGUACCUUCCACAUCAUGAAACACGAUCACUACUCCUCCCGAUUUGGCAGCAUAUUUGGGUUGCAGUAUAUGGGCAUGCAUGAGAAUGGCGUCAUAUUUAACAAUAACCCAGCCGUCUGGAAAGCUGUGCGACCUUUCUUUGUAAAAGCUUUGUCUGGCCCCAGCCUUGCGCGCAUGGUGACAGUUUGUGUUGAAUCCAUCAACAGCCAUCUGGACAGGUUGGACGAGGUCACCAAUGCAUUGGGCCAUGUCAACGUGUUGACCCUCAUGCGACGUACCAUGCUGGACGCUUCCAACACCCUCUUCCUGAGGAUCCCCUUGGACGAGAAAAACAUUGUGCUUAAAAUCCAGGGUUAUUUUGAUGCAUGGCAGGCUCUCCUUAUCAAACCAAACAUCUUCUUUAAGAUUUCUUGGCUAUCCAGAAAGCAUCAAAAGUCCAUCAAAGAAUUGAGAGAUGCCGUGGGAAUUCUAGCAGAAGAAAAAAGACACAGGAUUUUCACAGCAGAGAAACUGGAAGACCAUGUGGAUUUUGCCACUGAUCUAAUUUUGGCUGAGAAACGUGGUGAACUGACCAAAGAGAAUGUGAACCAGUGCAUAUUGGAAAUGAUGAUUGCAGCGCCAGACACCUUGUCUGUCACUGUGUUCUUCAUGCUAUGUCUCAUUGCGCAGCACCCUAAAGUUGAAGAGGCACUCAUGAAGGAAAUCCAGACUGUUCUUGGUGAAAGAGACUUAAAGAAUGAUGAUAUGCAAAAAUUAAAAGUGAUGGAAAAUUUUAUUAAUGAGAGCAUGCGGUACCAGCCUGUCGUGGACAUUGUCAUGCGCAAAGCCUUAGAGGAUGAUGUCAUCGAUGGCUACCCGGUGAAAAAGGGGACUAACAUUAUUCUGAAUAUUGGAAGAAUGCAUAAACUCGAGUUUUUCCCCAAGCCUAAUGAAUUUACUCUUGAAAACUUUGAGAAGAAUGUUCCUUACAGGUAUUUUCAGCCAUUUGGUUUUGGGCCCCGUAGCUGCGCAGGAAAGUUCAUCGCCAUGGUGAUGAUGAAGGUGAUGCUGGUUUCAGUUCUGAGACGAUUCCAUGUGAAGACAUUACAAGAAAACUGUCUUGAAAAUAUGCAGAAAACAAAUGACUUGGCCCUCCACCCGGAUGAGUCUAGAAGCUUACUGGCAAUGAUUUUUACUCCAAGAAAUUCAGAAAAGUGCCUCGAACACUAAAAAAGUUUGGUCAGUACCUAUUCCAGAGCAUUUCUCAUCAGUUAUUCAUAAGGAAACCAUCCAUCUUUGCCAGGUAGUGUCAUCCUCAUAGUAAACAUUCAGUGGCCUGUGGCAUUUUAUAGGCAUGCAUCCUAUGGGUUGUCUGCAAGCCAGGAAACAUUGGUCAUCUGAUCUUGUCCAAACCAGAGAACAAAACUGCAAGAGAAAAUGCAGAGGCCAAGAGUUUGUGGGGGAAAUGGUCAGUGAAGAGAAUGCAACCCUAAAGGCCCCAUUCCACAAAAUGUGCUUUGGCAAAGAUAGGCCAUCAGCAAAAUUUAUGUCCCAUUUGCCACAGGAUCUUCACUGCUCUGCCCCAAGAGCAUUUUUAUGUCUGGGGCAGAAACACUUCUAAAGAGUGCUCCUCCCAUCCCAUUGUCCGUCUUCCUUGACAUUUUCCCCCUCUCUUUCCUUCCAUGACACCAAAAGCCAAGUUGAUUAGAAAGACCAGGCCGAUAUCUGGGUACCUAGAGCCAAACAAACAUGUUAGUGUCAAUAAAGGUGCUUUGAUUUGGUUUUUGGUGGGGUUGGCCACUGCAACAUUCAUAGUCUUUGGAGAAAUGCUUACAGAUUCAGCAUUCGACUUUUCCUGUGAAUUAUAAUCCAUUAACUCUUGUUUAUUAUGUGAUUUGUCUGUGGCAAAAGUAAACUGGAGACUAUCCUUUCUCAGUCUCUCAGUUCAUGCCUCAGCCACUUACCUCUGAUUCAGGCAUGAUUCAGAUAAUCAAGGUAACUUAGCAAUAGCUUGAGUAAAUAGAGUUAGGCCCACAUGUCUGCUGUAGGGA